CUGGGUUGUACACUGAUAACUGAAGUAUAUCAUCAGUGCAGCAGCUGUCUCAGAAGGAGGUAAAGCGAUGUCUCAUUGACUCAGGUGUCAGGGUGCAUUCAUGUUGUCUCACGUGCGCAUCAUGGUCCCUUAAUUGAAUCUGGGACUGCAGAGAAACCAGCACAGCUAGCACGAACAGCUCUCACGCUAUGCCCGUCACAUAAUGUGGAACAUGGCACGCUUAAAGAUGCCCUGUGUCUCGUGCGGACACUUUCCACUGUUCCUCUGUCUGUUUCUACCGACACUCUCAUCUCAUGCGCUUGGGAACAUAUACAAGCGUUCGGCGGUCCAGCGCGCGGCUGCCCGGUCUGUCGCCCGCAUGGAUGGCGACGUGAUCAUCGGUGCGCUGUUCUCCGUGCACCACCAGCCGUCCGCCGAGCGUGUGGCCGACAGAAAAUGCGGGGACGUGCGCGAGCAAUACGGCAUCCAACGGGUGGAAGCGAUGUUCUAUACGCUGGACCGUAUCAACGCCGACCAGAACCUGCUGCCCAACAUCACCCUGGGCUGCGAGAUCCGGGACUCAUGCUGGCACUCUUCCGUGGCUCUAGAGCAAAGCAUCGAGUUCAUCCGAGACUCCCUCAUCUCUAUUCGGGACGACAAAGACGGAUCUAAGUGGUGCAUCGACGGAACGCCUUCCACCCAGCCUCCUUCCACCAAGAAGCCCAUCGCAGGAGUCAUAGGUCCUGGCUCCAGCUCGGUGGCCAUCCAGGUGCAGAAUCUCCUCCAGCUGUUUAACAUCCCCCAGAUCGCUUAUUCGGCCACCAGCAUAGACCUAAGCGACAAAACUCUCUUCAAAUACUUCCUCCGUGUCGUGCCCUCUGACACUCUGCAGGCGCGCGCCAUGCUCGACAUUAUCAAACACUAUAACUGGACUUACGUGUCUGCGGUUCACACAGAGGGUAACUAUGGAGAGAGUGGCAUGGAGGCCUUUAAGGAGUUGGCCGCAGAGGAAGGUCUAUGUAUCGCCCACUCUGAUAAGAUAUACAGUAAUGCUGGCGAAAAGCACUUUGACCGUCUGCUUAAGAAACUGCGGGAGCGUCUCCCCAAAGCCCGCGUGGUCCUCUGCUUCUGUGAAGGAAUGACUGUUCGUGGCCUGCUGAUGGCCAUGCAGCGCCGUGGGGUUUCUGGAGAGUUCCAACUAAUUGGAAGGUUUUCCUUGACAGGAAAUGAGAGCUUGAAAGACAACUAUGUCCAGGAUAGCAAGAUGGGUUUCGUGAUCAAUGCGAUUUAUGCGAUGGCUCAUGGUCUUCAUGACAUGCAUGAAGAGCUGUGCCCAGACCAUGUUGGCCUGUGCGAGGCAAUGGAUCCCAUUGAUGGCAGUAAGCUGCUGGACAAUAUUCUCAAGACCUCUUUUACCGGCGUGUCUGGGGAGGAAAUUUACUUCGAUGUAAAUGGAGACUCGCCUGGAAGGUAUGAUAUUAUGAAUCUACAGUAUGUGGAGGAGCUGGGCCGCUAUGAUUACAUUAAUGUGGGGUCGUGGCAUGAAGGUCUUCUGAGCAUCAGUGAUUACAAACUCAUGACGAACCGCACUGAGAUGGUCCGAUCCGUCUGUAGCGAACCAUGCUCUAAGGGACAGAUCAAGGUGAUCCGUAAAGGUGAAGUGAGUUGCUGCUGGAUCUGCACUACAUGUAAGGAUAAUGAAUACGUUCAGGAUGAGUUCACGUGCAGAGCUUGUGACCUGGGCUGGUGGCCUGAUGAUGAACUGGCAGAAUGUAAGCCUCUCCCACUCAAAUACCUGGAGUGGAGCAGCGUGGAGUCCAUCAUCGCAGUGGUGUUCUCCUGCCUCGGCAUCCUGGUAACACUAUUCGUCACCUUUGUCUUCAUGCAGUACCGUGACACACCAGUGGUGAAGUCCUCCAGUCGUGAACUUUGCUACAUCAUCCUGGCAGGUAUCUGCCUUGGCUACGUCUGCCCCUUCACUCUCAUUGCACGUCCCACUGUGAUCUCCUGCUAUCUGCAGCGCCUUCUAGUGGGCUUGUCGUCUGCCAUGUGCUACUCCGCUCUGGCAACCAAAACCAACCGCAUUGCACGCAUCCUGGCUGGAAGCAAGAAGAAAAUCUGCACACGCAAGCCCCGCUUCAUGAGCGCCUGGGCCCAAGUGGUUAUCGCCUUCAUCCUGAUUAGUCUCCAGCUGGCCGUGGUGGUUACGCUGAUUGUGCUGGAACCCCCCAAUCCGGUGAAGAGCUACCCCAGCAUCAGGGAGGUGUACCUCAUCUGUUACACAAGUAACGUGGGCGUAGUGGCUCCGUUGGGUUACAACGGCCUGCUCAUCAUGAGCUGCACCUACUACGCCUUCAAGACCCGCAACGUGCCUGCCAACUUCAAUGAAGCCAAGUACAUUGCAUUUACCAUGUACACCACCUGCAUUAUCUGGCUGGCUUUUGUGCCCAUCUACUUCGGCUCCAACUACAAGAUCAUCACCACCUCCUUCUCUGUCAGUCUCAGUGUUACUGUAGCACUGGGCUGCAUGUUCACACCCAAGAUGUACAUCAUCAUCUCCAAGCCCGAGCGCAACGUACGCAGCGCCUUUACGACCUCAGACGUGGUUCGUAUGCAUGUGGGCGACGGGAAGGCGGCUCCUUGCCAGAGCAACAGCAUCCUCAACAUGUUUCGAAGGAAGAAGAAGAACAACAACGCGACCAGCAGCACUAAUCCUAAUGGAAAGUCUGUGUCAUGGUCUGAAUCAGGUGCCAGACCCCAGGGGAGGGGGUCGAGUGUGUUCCACAGACUGUCUGUGCAUGUGAGGAGGCAAGCAGUCGGCCAGAGUCAGACGGCGGUCAUACGACCCCUAACUAAUGCCUCACAACCCUCCGAGUCUGAACAUGAUGCUGGUCUCAACACAGCCCCCAAUGGCUCUCACCCCGACGACAAGGAUCUCUACAACCUCAGCGAGGGGCACGAUGGGGGUCCCCAACAUCCUACAACCCACGAGAGAGGGUUUCCACCUUCCUAUUCCCCUCCUAAUUUAAUAGACCACAGCCUUGAUUGUCCUCCAGGUGGGCCCGUGAACACACUGAGCUCUACGAUUCCUAAUUUUGACCAAUUUGUAAUUGGCACAGGGACCAAGUCAAGCCCCGUCGCCUAUAAAUCAUCUGCCAAUCAGCUGCCUCUUCCCCUGCAAGGGGAGGCGUUCCCUGAGGAAGGUUCAGAAAUGGAAGCUCUCAAUCUCAUUCAGGGGUUUCUGUGUGAGAGUGCCACACAGGAAGAGGAGGAGGAAGAGGAAUGUGUGGAGGAAGAGUUAGCACAGAGUAAGCUGACUCUGCUCACUCCACCUUCCCCCUUCAGGGACUCGCUUCAGUCAGGGGGGUCCAUUCCCGGAUCCCCCGGCUCUGAUAACAACCCUCCCUUUACCCAAAAUAUGAACUACACCCCAAAACAGAGCUCUUUUACGCUAUAAAAGCACAUGCUCAGGACGGCGCUGUUUAUUAAUCGAUCACUGCAGGAUAUCAUUCGCUUGCUUAUCUUCCCAAGUCUCUUUCAAAAUGUUUCGGAAAGCAGGAAGAACUGUAAAAUGAACAAAUGGGACGUCCUGUUGGGAAUAUUUUUCUCAGAGGCAGCGCUGGCAGCAUCCGUUUUCCAAAAUGCUGCAGAAAGUUGGAGUGCCAAAUAUUAUUGUGUUGCUGUGCCCAAAAUCCACUGGCUAGUGACAUCACAACAGUCUAGGAGUGAUAAUGCCAGCUUGCUGCUUUACGAUUUCACUCUUGACACACUUUCUGGGAUUUUAUGUGCUUUUGACCUAUGUAGCUGGACUUGGUUCUGAUUAAGAAGUUUAGUUACUAUUGCUAACUGAAAAAAAUAGGGUUUUGGAUGCAGACGGCACAGACACAUAAAUGCAUAAGCGCAUACAAGUGAAUCAUAUCUCAUAUUGGGCUGCUGUGUAUCUAGUUUUGGUAUGUGAUUUCCAUUUUUUAAACGGUUUCAGUAUCUGUGAACAAGUCAGAGUGAAACACGGAAACCAUGUGCGCACAAUAAACCACACUUGGUUGAUUGGAUGAGUAAAUGUGGAAUUUCCCAGCUAAAAUGUUUUCCAAUUUCCUUGUGGCUCCCAAAUGUAAGUUUCAGUGUUUUUGCUUAGAGAGUCAAAGGCAAGAAUGCUGAUUGUAAUUGGUGUAGAAUACUAUUUUAGCUUAAAUGUGGAGCCAAGGUAAAUAAAAUUAAUUGUUUUCUUAACUUUACUUUGUCUCAUGCGUGAACUCAUCCUUGAAAAAGGGAGUGCUGUUUUGCAAAUGUUUGUAUACUGUUCUGCCAUCGUUUUCCACACAGAUGGUGUCUUUGUAUUUCUGCUAUAUGUUUCUAUGAUAUUUGUAAGUUUUAAAAACAAUGUCUUAUAACUUGCUCUUUGUGAUAAAGGGACAUGUAUAUGGUGGCACUGAAGCUGGAGUAUUAUUUCUGCAACUAUUACAAACUUUCAAAUGUUCCAUUUUUAAAUUGUAUCUAUGAGUAGUUGCUUCUAGUGGUAACUUGUAGCAUUUACUGCCAAUCUCGCAUUGGAUUAUCACAUGAAUUUGCGACUGUAACGCUUUAUAAGUUUUGCAGGACUAUUAGAAUGCAACUCUUAAAAGAAUACUCUUGAAUAUCUUACAUAUUGUAAUUGUUAUAAUGGAUUGUAAUAUUAGGUCUUUUAGUGUAAGUUGUUUGGAACAGAAUCAUUUGUUCAAUAUAAAUUAAUUGAGAGAUCACCUGUUUACAUGGGCAAACUUAAAAAUGAGGAAAAUGCUCUUUUUGCCAGGACAAAUCAUGCUGUAAAAUAAAUAUUUUAUAU